AUGACAAUGGCCCAACAGAGCAAAAACAACAUUGCCAGCAAUAGCCAUAGUAACAGUGUUAAUGUAAACAACACUACUGCGACAAGCCAACAGCAGCAGAAACAAGAAGCGAAGGCAAUGUUUCAUGAUUUCUUGGGCAUGAAAGCAAAUACAGAUUCACCAGUUGUUUUAGCUCCAAAAAACAAAGAUGGGUCUCCUUCUGCUUCUGCCUCACUUGGGGCUUCUUCUGGAGGCGGCCGUGGACCUCUAUCUUCUACCUCUGAUCUAGCUUCUGAAAGGCAGGCUGGAAAUCAUCUUGAGGGGAUUCCAUUUUAUGGUCCAAGGAGUGAUAUUUCUGGUCCUGAGAUAAGCAACAGAUUAGCAGGAAGUAAGCGGAGCAAUUCAGAUUCUGCCUUUACAGGACCAAGGGAUGGGAUUCCCCAAAUGGCUCAUGAUUCCAUUGAGAACCUGCAUUUGAUGAAGAUGCUCAAAAAUGGAGGUGGUGGAGAGCGGACUAGGAGGUCUAACGACGACGAGGUUUUCUAUUGUAUGCAGUCAAUGAGGCCAAGUUCUGCGUCUCUUCUACUUCAACCUUCUGCUGGAAAUAGACUCGAUGCCAAUGUUUCCAAAUGGGAGCGAUCCAUUCCCAUGGGAGUAGGUGCAUAUCCUCCUCGUGGUGGUCAAUUUGUUCCUUUUACGCAUCAAGUUCCCACAAACAGAUUCAGAGAUACAAAUGCUGGUCCUUCAAUUAUCUCUCAAUCUGCUGCCGAUGAAGGUUCCAGAACAGGAAUUAAAGGCCCUGGAAUUCUGAGCUCUAUAAAUGCUGGCAGCAGUAUUUCUGAGAAAAAUUCUUCUGGAGGGCUGCCUAGUGGCAGCAAGCCCAAGACUGGGAUUCAUAAUUCAGAGCCAGAAUCUUCAAAUCCUUCAAGUCGGCAGGGUUUAACAUCUGCUAGUCGCCAGAUGACUAUAUUUUAUGGUGGUCAAGCUCAUGUUUUCGAUGAUGUCCACCCAAACAAGGCAGAUGUUAUAAUGGCCCUAGCAGGUUCAAACGGAGGAUCAUGGUCAACAACCUACUCACCAAAACCCACUGCAAGGCCGGGUAGUGAAAGUUACGUGACAAGCGGUGAAUAUGAAGCAGGUGCGGCAGCUAACUUGCCUUUCCCGCGUGAAUUCCGCGGUAGGCUAUCAGUCACUGGCAAUGCUACUCAGGGAGCUGGCCCUAGUGAUCGAAUCUCUACGCCAACAGGAGGUCAUCACGGCAGCAUUAUAAUAGCUAGAGAGACAAGAAACCCAGUUCAGGCAGGAGAACCCAGCAAUGAGGAGAAAUGA